CCGGUCACCUCAGGGGCAUCGCAAGUCCGAAAGCCACAUUAUUAAUUUUGCUGCUUUUCGGUGGAACGCGGCCCCAUCCGCGAAUUAACCUUGACACAUGCGUGUAAAACGGUGCGAUAGGAAUUUCGAAAUUUGGGUACUGUGAAAACAGUCGCGAAAAGACCGUCUGUAGUUUAUCAGGAAUUACGACGGCUCGGAGAAUUGGAACAAAUUCAAAUAUCUUUCGGCUUUUGACGCUUGAUGCGGUACAUCUGAGGAGAUUUUCUGAUUUUAAUUGAACUACUGUUGCAGCUAAGAUGAACCUUGAGGAGUAUCGUAAACAUGGCAAGGAAAUGGUGGAUUACAUAGCGGACUACCUCGAGACAAUAAGAUCAAGACGAGUGUAUCCAGCUGUGUCGCCUGGCUACCUCAGGAACAUUCUGCCAGUGUCAGCGCCAGUGGAUGGAGAACCGUGGGAGAAUAUUUUCGAGGACAUCGAGAGGUGCAUCAUGCCAGGUGUCACACACUGGCAGAGUCCCCAUAUGCAUGCUUAUUUUCCAGCCCUCAAUUCACCGGCUAGUCUUAUUGCUGAUAUGCUUGCUGAUGCUAUUAAUUGUCUUGGAUUUACCUGGGCGUCAAGUCCAGCUUGUACAGAACUUGAAACAAUCGUUAUGAAUUGGCUCGGGAAAAUGAUCGGUCUGCCCGAGGAUUUUUUGCAUCGUCCCGGAGGUUCUGGAGGCGGUGUGAUUCAAACAACAGCCAGUGAGGCAACACUGGUGUGUCUCCUGGCAGCGAGAACAAGAGCCAUCAGGGCGAUACAAGAGAACGAGCCUGAUCGAUCACCGGCGGAAAUAAAUUCCCGACUCGUUGCCUAUUGUUCGGAUCAGGCACAUUCGAGUGUUGAAAAGGCUGGCCUGAUUGGAUUGGUGCAGAUGAGGUACAUCGAGGCUGAUGAGGAGCUCAGUAUGCGAGGAGACAUGCUGCUAGAGGCAGUCGACAGGGAUAGAAAAGCUGGUCUUGUACCUUUUUUCGUGUGUGCCACCCUGGGAACGACUGGCGCUUGCUCAUUCGAUAAUCUCAAAGAAAUUGGCCCUAUUUGUGAACGGAAUUGUCUAUGGUUACACAUUGAUGCAGCAUAUGCAGGUAGUGCUUUUGUCUGCCCAGAAUUUCGUGGUUGGCUACGUGGUAUCGAGUACGCCGAUUCACUCGCCUUCAAUCCAAGCAAAUGGUUGAUGGUUCACUUCGACUGCACAGCCAUGUGGGUGAAGAGCAGCCAGGCACUUCAUAGGACUUUUAAUGUUGAUCCACUCUAUUUGAAGCAUGAGAAUUCAGGUCUUGCCAUUGAUUAUAUGCACUGGCAAAUCCCCUUAUCCAAGAGGUUCAGAGCCCUCAAGCUGUGGUUUGUCAUCAGGAAUUAUGGGAUAACUGGCCUUCAGAAGCAUAUACGUGAGGGAGUCCGUUUAGCUCAGAAAUUCGAAGCCCUCGUCCUCGGCGACUGUCGAUUCGAAAUUCCUGCCAAGAGGCACCUGGGAAUGGUGGUCUUUCGACUUCGCGGAGAGAAUACCUUGACUGAGAAGUUGUUAAAGAAGAUGAACACCAGGGGAAAGGUUCAUUGUGUGCCUGCCGCUCUGCAUGGAAAAUAUGUUAUAAGAUUCACUGUCACUUCCACAAACACUACCAAUGAAGACAUCCUCCGAGACUGGGGAGAAAUAAAAAGCACAGCUAGCGAAAUUCUCGCAUCGAUCACUGGAUCGCCAGUGAGAGUUAAAGUAUCAUUAGCAGAAACACGUCAGAAAAACGAAAACUUCGGGUCUAGUCUCCUCCUCGCCAAUUCUCCAAUGUCCCCGAAAAUCGUCAAUGGAAGUUUUGCUGCGAUUUACGAUACAGCUGAUGUUUUCAAUGACUGCAUGAAGACAUUUGGCCAAUUGCGUUUGGAGCCAAGCGAUAGCCCAGCAAUGAGGCGACGAAUCAGAGGCAUCUUAAUGUCUGGCAAGCAAUUCUCAUUGGAUUCCCGAAUGGAUCUAGUCCAAGGAUUUGCGUCAUGUGGACGUCACUACACGGAGCCCCCAAAGAAUUCAAAGAAUUCCCCCCUCAUGGAAGAUGAAGAUGCCAACGGCAAGACCGAAUCGACACUCAGCAUCGAUAAGUCCAGUAUUACAAUAGACGGCUCUUACGAUAAUUCAUCAUCGAGAUCAAGCUCGGAGUACUCAGUUGAUGAUAGCCCAUUAGUCGAUAACAGGAGGACUCUGGUGCAAGGAGUGAAUGAAACUGUCGGUAAUGAUGAGUUUAACCUGGAUAAGGGAUUACCAAGGAGUGAAACGAUCGGUGGAUUUAGCAAUUUAACACCAACAAUCAUCACGAAUCUCUCUCACUCUGAUAAUGAGAUUCGUAAAGUGAAUGGAAAUGUCUGUGACAAGUGUGGACAUAUCAAGGAGCAGUAGAAAACCCUCGGAACGAAAACCAAAGCCAAAGACAGAACAAGAAGAAAAAUUAGAUUUAGAACGAAUUAAAAUUAAAGAAUAAAGAUAAGUUGGUGAAGAAAAAUGUCUCUUGAAAAAUGAUGAAUUGAUUCAACUGUUGUCGGAGGAUGAAUAAAAAAUUCCCUGAAUAAUUUGAAAUUAUGUUUUUAAUGUUCAGGCAAUCAAUAAAAAGUACAAAUAUCCAUUA